AUGGCCUCACCUGAACAGGUAGAACUUCAUGUCCACCUGGAUGGAGCCAUUAGACCAGAAACAAUCUUACACUUUGGCAAGAAAAGGGGGAUUCCUCUCCCCGGCAGCACCGUGGACGACCUGCUGGAGCACGUCAGCUACAAAACCCCGGGAGACCUCACUCCGGAUGAAGUUGUUAGCCUCGUUAAUCAGGGACUGCAGGAUGGAGAAAGGGAUUUCCGCAUCAAAGUCAGGUCUAUUCUAUGCUGCAUGCGCCAUAUGCCAAGCUGGUCUCCAGAGGUGGUGGAGCUCUGUAAGAAGUAUCGAAACAACUCUGUGGUAGCCAUAGACCUGGCUGGGGAUGAGUCACUGAAGGUGGACACCUCUUCUGAGCAUAGGAAAGCUUACGAGGAAGCUGAAAGAUGCGGCAUUCAUCGAACAGUCCAUGCUGGGGAAGCUGGACCAGCUGCCAUGAUCAAGGAGGCAGUUUACCUCCUGAAGGCCGAGCGCAUUGGCCAUGGCUACCACGUUCUAGAAGAUCCCGAGCUUUAUAAGGAGCUGCUGAGAACAAAGAUGCAUUUUGAGGCCUGCCCUUGGUCCAGUUAUCUUACUGGAGCGUGUCUUCCGGACUUUAGGAAACACCCAGUAGCACAAUUUAGGAAGGAUCAAGCUAACUAUUCCAUAAGCACUGAUGACCCCCUCAUCUUUAACUCCACUAUUGACAAGGAUUACAGCAUAGCAAAGGAGUACAUGGGCUUUACUGAAGAGGAGUUCAAGAGAGUGAACAUCAAUGCAGCUCAGUCCAGCUUCUUACCUGAGAAAGAAAAGCAGGAACUUCUCAAUACACUGUAUGAAGCCUAUGGGAUGGUCCCCAGUACAUCUUGAUGCAGCUCUACCAGUCAGCACGGAGCAGUGGCCUUCUUGGUUGACUCAUCUCUGUGCUGGUGGGAGCACCAGGAGAAAGGUGCCCAGAGUCGGUCUCUAUCUGUUUUAACCUAUAUGGUCCUAGGCAGAAUCAGGCUACCAUCUAGCCUGAUCUAGCCCACCUAUCACCCCCUACAUACCAUACCGCUCCCAAAUGGGUAUCAAGCUUCCUAUAUUGCUGUUGCACAAGCAGACUAAAACUGCUUCCUGGCCUGACUUCCCUUCAUCUACCAAUUUAUUUGUAGAGUAAAUGAGAACAGAAGAACCUUCCCUGAUUUUUUGUUUUGUUUUGUUUUCUCUUCCUCUGCUUUAGCUGUAGUGCCCCGCUGAUCUGCCUUAGCCCUUGUCUGCAGUACAGAAAUAACUGCCUUUAACUGUGACUGUGGCCAGAGUUAACCUUCACCUUUCUAGGGAAAAGGUGAGCUAACCCUAAAAGGGAGUAAGCAGGUGGCUCAGAAACAGAGGUUUAUUCCCAGGGGUUUAUUCCUGUCGGUUUAUGCCGAUAGGAAAGUUUGGCCACAACUGUAUUUCCCUAUGCCUAGUCUUGUACUAAGAAGACUGGAUCAAGAAUAAGCUAGAAGCUGCGCACUUAUCAGUACACAGGCAUUUAAAUACUACUACCUUCCCCCUGCCCCCCCCCCCCAAUCCUUUCUUGGAUAAGGAGCUCUGUGUAUCAGGCCUUACAAUGUCACUGCCACAGAAGCACAAACCUUGGGCUCAGGGCUCCAGCUGUGUUCACAGCAGCUCAUGAACAUGCUCACACAUGCAUAGGAUGCAUGGAGCAUACUUUUACCAUUUGGGGCUACAAGCUGCCUUCUGGGACUUCCCCCAGUUCUGUACUCAGCCUGGAGAAUUCCUGUGAGCUGCAUUUUGCUCUUCCUGUAUCUUUGUUUAGGACUUACAAACAUGUGAUUGCCUGUUUAACCAGGCUGCCCUCUUUCUGACUUGAGGUAAUCUUUAGGCAGCGUUAAAACUAAAUGAGUAAUUAAUGUGCUAGGGCCCAGUAUCAAAUAUUGACUUGGGUCCCAUCUGAAUUGCUUCUCUCAUGUAACCACAACACUGGCUAGAAGUCAGAUCUUCAGUUUGGUGAAGAAUUUUUCAGGAAAUAUUCACCAAAAUUCCUAAGCAAUUUUGGUGCGUUAUAGUAUUUUCACUUAAUAUGCAAUAGAGUCAUGCAUCUAGAGAAAAGCCUGUAAUUUUCCUACUGUCAAAGAGCUCUUCAACAUGUUUGAGGAAGGAGUGUAGGUGUGUGGUGUGCUUUAAUAUCCCAGGUGUCUGCAAAGAUGCGUGCUCCAAAGAUUCUAUACCAAAAAGUUGCCUUUGACAAAGGGCUGUGGUCACUGUUGCCACAGAUAGUGUCCGAGACUGACUGCUCCAGUCUCGACCAGCAAUGAUCUAGUGCUGGGAAUACUUCCAUUCUUUUUGGGCUUCCAUAUUUUUCUUCUAAGUGAGUGAAAUACUCAUCUCUGAAAUACGUGGUGCAUACAUACAUCAAUAUGUAUAUAUAGAUUUGAGAGAGUGAAUUUGUUACUUUUUAUAAAGCAAAUGAUAAGUCAUCACUUUUAAGAACGUGGUUGCUGUUAGACCUAGGUUUUUUGGAUAAUUUUUCUCUGAAAGUUGUCUUUUUUGGAACAGCUGCUUGUUUGGAUUCUGGACAGUUGAUUGUUAAUCCUGUUUA